CGGCGAGCGGGGGGGAGGACGCAGGUGCCAGCUGGGCAGAGCCUUCCAGGCACAGGAGCGGAGCCUGAGGGGCACGCGCCGGGGAACCGGCGGCCAGCGCCCGCCAGCGCGCGCGCGAGGCCGCCAGCGAUGGGGGACCCGAGGCCAGGGCACAGCGCGGGGCGGAAGGAACCACCUCGGCACGGAGCGGGAGGGGGGCAGACGGAAGGAACCAUAAACAGACACAAGGAUUCGGCGGCUCUCUGCGCCGGGGGCGCUGCGGCGCGUCUAUGGUGCUGGAGGACUGAGGUCUCGCCCCGGGACGGCGGUUCUUGGCGCUCGGCGGCAGGAUGCUGGCCCGCGGAUGGUGUACUGUGAGGAAGGCUCCUUCUCUUCUGGCUAGGGCACUGACAUCCAUGACUAAUGGCUUCCAGUCUCCUCCAGACAUGUCUGAAGGACAUUUACCCAUUCAUGUGAAUAAUGUGCGAAGCAGAUUGAGGGCUAUAGUGGGAGCUUCUACCAACUGGAGUGACCAUGUGCAAGCAAUGCAUGAAAGAAAAGACCUACAUAUUCUAUUGGCCAAACAGCAGGAAGACUUGCCGCCUAGGAAGAUGAAUGAUAGCUACAUAGAGGUUAUUUUACCUCUAGGAAGUCAACCUGAAUUAAGAGAAAAAUAUUUGAAUGUACAUAACAGCGUGAGGUUUGGAAGAAUUCUUGAAGAUCUUGACAGCUUAGGAGUUCUCAUUUGUUAUACUCACACCAAACAUGAAGCUUCUCAGAGAUCUCCUUUGUCAAUUGUUACAGCCCUGGUGGAUAAAAUUGAUUUGUGCAAGAAGGUCAUAUACCCAGAUUGUGAUAUCAAAUUCACUGGAAAUGUUUCUUGGGUUGGGAAGACCUCAAUGGAAGUGAAGAUGCACAUGCUUCAGGUUGGGUUACAUGAUGAUACUUACAGCCCUGUGUUAGAUGCAACCUUUGUCAUGGUGGCCCGUGAUCCAGAAAACAAGAGGCCAGCAUUUGUUAAUCCAUUAAUUCCUGAGGGCCCAGAGGAGGAAGAAAUCUUCAGGAAAGGAGAAUUGAACAAGAUAAGGAGGGUUGAUUUCAGCACUGCAUCCUUACUGAAAAUGGCUCCCACUGCAGAAGAAAGAACCACUGUUCAUAAUAUAUUCCUUAAUACACUUGACACAAGGACUGUAAGUUUUCGGAGUCGUGUGCUACCACCCAGUUCAGUAUGGAUGGAAGAUGCAAAACUUAAGGGCUUGGAGAUCUGCCAUCCUCAGGAACGGAACAUUUUCAAUAGAAUCUUUGGGGGGUUUCUCAUGAGAAAAGCAUUUGAGCUGGGAUGGGCUACUGCCUGCAGCUAUGGAGGUUCCAGACCUUAUGUAGUAGCUGUAGACGAUAUCAUGUUUCAAAGACCAGUUGAGAUUGGAUCCCUGUUACUGCUUUCUGCACAGGUUUGUUUUACAGAAAAAAACUAUAUCCAGAUUAGAGUACACAGCGAGGUUUAUGAUUCAGAUACCAGAGAGCACAAGACUACCAAUGUCUUCCAUUUCACUUUUAUGUCAGAAAGAGAGGUACCACAGAUUGUCCCAAAAACAUAUGGUGAGUCCAUGUUGUAUUUAGAUGGGAAGCGGCACUUCAGUGCCGCCAGGAAAGAAACCAGAGAAGUGGAGAAAACUACUGAAGCACCAUAACAAAUUGUUAGCUUUGGAGAAACCUCUGCCAAAGAUUGCUAGCUUCCUAUGCACAAUGUAUCAGUGAUGGUAUUCCUGCUCUUUUACGUGAUGUGGUAAUCGGUGUAGGCAUAUUGGAAAGUGGUCUGUUUUUGUACAAAAAGACAAUCAUUUAAUAGCGCUAUUUAUACAACUAGCUGUAGGCUGACAAUGAUGUUGUACAGCUUUCUCCUCUCCUCUCCUUUUAGAGCUUCCAUAGUUAAGAUGUAUACCACCUUAAAAUUCUGCUGUGACAGGCUGUUCAUGUUAGCAUAGAGGGAUUGAAAAACAUAGUCCAGAAAACUUUAAAGGGAUACUACCAUUGAGAAGUCUCAAUUUUGUCACCAUUCCCAUCUCUUCUGUCCUACACACACUUGUGCGUCUCGUUAUGGUCCCUGAUACAGGAAAGCUAUCAUCUCUCUAAAAUGAGGGCUGCAAAUGUUGAAAUCCUGUUUGAUUAUUUGUGUGCAAAUCUGACCCAGGGUCCUGUCUAAGUUAAAAUCAGCCUCCUAUUGGUUCUCGGGAAUAGGUGCAUCUGGGCAGCGGAAGGACAGUGUGAUGUGCACAUCUGCGUCAUAAUCCUUGCAAUCAGGUGUGUAUUUGUCUGCUGAUGGGCUCUCACAACGUUGCUGCAGCCCUUGUUUUGAAGAAUUGAUGAUUUGUGUUUCCUGUUUCUUUUGAGGACACACUCAUUUUUACAAUGAAUGAAAUGGCCAAAUGUGAAGUUUACAGAUACCUGUGUGUGGGAGAUCCCACCAGUACCGUAUACUCCUUUUUGUAUUCUUUUACAUAAGUAGUUCAGUAAACACAAGAUGACUAGGGCAAAUUCCUGAGAGAAUUAUUCCCGAAAGCUUUUAGGUUAAAUACAGUACAGGCUAUUGGCAGGGUGUUGUGUACGUGUGGAGGGGAAGACAGGCUUUUUAGAACAGAGCAUUAGGUUCCAGCUUUGUGUGGAGGCUGCUAGAACAGCAAGUGGAUUGAGCUGAUCCAUGCAGAAGUCAGGGCCCAGUGACCCCGUUGAGCAGCUUACAGGCCAGGUCCUGAGGUGGAAAGAUAGCAGUGUUCUCAGACCCAGAAAGAUUCCAACUAGAUGAGAGAGUAUUGCUAGAAGAAAGAAUCCUCAGCUGGACCAUAGACUGUUUUUUGUUGGUACUAAGGUGGGCAAUAAUGAAGCACUACACCAAAGGAUUAUUUUGUAUGUAUGAAAUGGAAAGCAGCGUUCCACUGUAGAGGGACUCUGACACCAGUUGAAGUCUCAGAGAAAUAAUAGGACCUCUGUAAAAUGGAUUACAAAGGGAAGAUGUAGAUCUGGCUGAGAACAAUGAUGGGAUAGCUGUGGAGGAAGAUGGAACAAUCUCCACUUAAGUACCUUAGAAAAACCUCUUGCAUGGCAGCAAAAGAAGAAAAGGGAAAGUUCACGUGGAAGCACGCAGUCUAGAAACUGGCAUAUACGUUACACCCUUGACAAGUCCGAGUGAGGAAGAUCAGAAGGAACAGAGGCAAAACACAGACAGCCCAUCCAGUCAGUAAAAGGCAAUUACUGAAAGGGAGCCACCAAAGAGUAAUAUAGAUAAUAGAUGUAAUAUUAGACUUUUGAUUAGUACUAUGCAACAUUGAUUUUAAAAUUACCACUAUGCACUACCAGUAAAGCACAUAUUAAAUGGAUUAAGAACUGGCUAACAGAUGGGUCUCAAAAAGAAGUUGUCAGUGGUGAAUCAUCAUCAGGUGUGGGGUUUUCUGGUGGGAUUCUGCAGGGCUCAGUACUAGGCCUGAUGCUUUUCAUCAAUGAUGCAGAAGUAAAUAUAAAAGCACUGCUGAUAAAAUGUGUGGAUGCCACAAAGGUUGGUGGAGAGGUAAUUAAUGAGGUUAGGGCAGUCGUACAAAGCAAUCUGGAUCACUUUGUCAGCUGGACCUAUUCAAACAAAUGCAUUUUAACACAGCCAAAUGCCAGGUCAUACAUUCUGGAACAAGGAGUGCAGGCCAUACCUGCAGAAUGGGGGCCUGUAUCCUGGAAAGUAGUGACUGAAAAGUAUUUAGGGCUCAUAGUGGACAAGCAGUUCAACAUGAAAUCCCAAUGUGAUGUGGCAAAAAGGGCUAAUAGGAUCCAUGGGUGUAUAAACAGGGAAGUAGCGAGUAGAGUGGAUAGGUGAUUUUACCUCUCUAUAUGGCAGUAGUGAGACCAAUUCUGGAAUACUAUGACCAGUUUUGAAAAAUUGGAAAGGGGGCAAAGAGUCACAAGAAUGAUUUUGGAAACUGAAAAGCAUGCCUUACAGAGAGAGACUUAAAGAACUCAAUUUGUUUAGCUUAUCAAAAAGAUUGAGAUGACUUGAUUACAGUGUAUGAGGGAGAAGAUCCUGGGUACGAAUCUAAUCUAGCGGAGAAAUGCACAACAAGAACCAAUGGCUGAAAGUUUUACACAAAAAUUCAAAUUAGAAAAAAGGCACCGAUUUUUAAGAGUGAGGGUGAUUAACCAUUGGAACAAACUACCAAGGGAGGUGGGGGAUUCUUCAUCUCUUGAUGUCUUCAAAUCCAGAGUGGAUGCCUUUCUGAAAGAUGUUUUAGCCAAACAAGUUAUUGUGCUCAAUACAGGGUUAACUGGGUGAAAUCCUUUGGCCUGUGUUAUCCAGGAAGUCAGACUAGAUGAUCUAAUGGUACCCGCUAGCCUUAAAAAUCAGCAAGUCUAGAGUCUUAUCCACAAAGCGAUUUUAGUGUGCAGCAAGCUGGAGUGUAAUUUACAUCACCAUCUGGAGAAGCCCUUAGAAGAAACAAGUAAUCUUGGUCUCUGACUCAGCAAUCAAUAAGGGAAUACAUUGAUAGAACUAAGCACUAUAGUAGGAUCUUAUUUGAGGAUAAAAACAUUUGAGAAAUUCAGAAUCCUGGAGUGAACUCUUCCACUUGUAGUAAAGUCAGGCCAUUGUUUUUAAAAGGAAUUUAAUAUAGCUCAUUUCCAUUAAUAUUAAAAGGAAACAAAAUUCAACUGCACAGUGUGUUACUGUGACAUUCCCUAGGGUACAGCCUGGACUGCUGAACAGCUGUGUCCCCUCAGUUCUCCAACCUGGGGUGCCUUUCACACUGCUUUGCUGUGGAAACAACCACUCCUGGUCUAUUCACACAUAGCCUCUAGCAGGCAAAGUCACUCGCAGCUGAAUGAGAUGAGUGCUCUAGCCAGUCACUCCUGAAUUAUAUUGCAGAGUGACCCCAGCAAAUUCUCUGUUCUAGACUUGUCUCCAGAAAUAUGCAUCUUGCACUCCCCAGCUCUUUCCUUCUGUGCAGUAUAAGCUCAUAGAAAGUCUGUCAUUUUACUAAUAGAAAAUGAUAUGCACAAACCCUGUCAUCUCAAAUGAAGUUCCCAAACAUUUCAACCCAAACACACUGGUUUAUAUAAAACAAUAAAACAAGUUUGUAAACUACAGAAAGAUAGAUUGUGAUUACAAGUAAUGAGGCAUAAAAGUCAGAAUUGGUUAGUCUCUAAGGUGCCACAAGUACUCCUUUUCUUUUUGUGGAUACAGACUAACACGGCUGCUACUCUGAAAGAAAUAAAAGGCAAAACACAAAUGAAUACCUGACUUUUUACAAGCUAAAUCAGGGGUGGCCAUCCUGAGCCUGAUAAGGAGCCAGAAUUUACCAAUGUACAUUACCAAAGAGCCACAGUAAUACAUCAGCAGCCCACCAUCAGCUUCCCCCACCCUGCUCCCAGUGCCUCCCACCCAUCGGCAGCCCCGCUGAUCAGCACUUCCCCCUCCCUUCCCACAUCUCUUGAUCAGCUGUUUUGUGGCAUGCAGGAGGCUUUCGGGGGGGAGGGAGAGGAGCGAGGGCACAGCAGGCUCAGGUGUGGGGGCAGGGCCUUUGGCAGAGCCAGGGGUUGAGCAGUGAGCACCCCCCUGGCACAUUGGAAAGUUGGCGCCCAUAGCUCCAGCCCCGGAGUUGCUGCCUAUAGAAGGAGCCACAUAUUAAUGUCUGAAGAGCCACAUGCGGCUCCGGAGCCACAGGUUGGCCACCCCUGAGCUAAAUGAAUUCAAAGCAAAGGUUUUUCUCACCACAUGCUUUUACUGGCUGAACUCGUUCAAUCGGGACCCCUCCCCCAGUUCAGUGGUCCUUCAUGUGUCAUUGAUGCCAUGAGCAGAGAGAGAGAGGCUGAGAGAAGGGGGAUUUGUGUCCUCUGUUCUCCCUUACAGCAUUUCUCUUCUUUGAGAAUCAUCUCGAGCUGGGGCUUAGGCGGCAGCAAGUCUGUUUGCCAAGAUGUAAAUUUAUUGCUCACACACCUCUUUCUGACAAAGAAUGGCCACUUAACCAGGUGAUUGUUCAUCUGAUUUUGUGGACACUGGCUGAGGAACUGGUUUGGGCUGCUACCCCAGAAUUGGAAUAUGCCUUAGUAGAAUCCAGAAUUCAUAGAAUCAUAGAAUAUCAGGGUUGGAAGGGACCUCAGGAGGUCAUCUAGUCCAACCCCCUGCUCAAAGCUGGACCAAUCCCCAAUUAAAUCAUCCCAGCCAGGGCUUUGUCAAGCCUGACCUUAAAAACUUCUAAGGAAGGAGAUUCUACCACCUCCCUAGGUAACGCAUUCCAGUGUUUCACCACCCUCCUAGUGAAAAAGUUUUUCCUAAUAUCCAACCUAAACCUCCCCCACUGCAACUUGAGACCAUUACUCCUUGUCCUGUCCUCUUCUACCACUGAGAACAGUCUAGAGCCAUCCUCUCUGGAACCACCUCUCAGGUAGUUGAAAGCAGCUAUCAAAUCCCCCCUCAUUCUUCUCUUCUGCAGACUAAACAAUCCCAGUUCCCUCAGCCUCUCCUCAUAAGUCAUGUGUUCCAGACCCCUAAUCAUUUUUGUUGCCCUUUGCUGGACUCUCUCCAAUUUAUCCACAUCCUUCUUGUAGUGUGGAGCCCAAAACUGGACGCAGUACUCCAGAUGAGGCCUCACCAAUGUCGAAUAGAGGGGAACGAUCACGUCCCUCGAUCUGCUCGCUAUGCCCCUACUUAUACAUCCCAAAAUGCCAUUGGCCUUCUUGGCAACAAGGGCACACUGCUGACUCAUAUCCAGCUUCUCGUCCACUGUAACCCCUAGGUCCUUUUCCGCAGAACUGCUGCCUAGCCAUUCGGUCCCUAGUCUGUAGCUGUGCAUUGGGUUCUUCCGUCCUAAGUGCAGGACACUGCACUUAUCCUUAUUGAACCUCAUCAGAUUUCUUUUGGCCCAAUCCUCCAAUUUGUCUAGGUCCCUCUGUAUCCUAUCCCUGCCCUCCAGCGUAUCUACCACUCCUCCCAGUUUAGUAUCAUCCGCAAAUUUGCUGAGAGUGCAAUCCACACCAUCCUCCAGAUCAUUUAUGAAGAGAUUGAACAAAACCGGCCCCAGGACCGACCCCUGGGGCACUCCACUUGACACCGGCUGCCAACUAGACAUGGAGCCAUUGAUCACUACCUGUUGAGCCCGACAAUCUAGCCAACUUUCUACCCACCUUAUAGUGCAUUCAUCCAGCCCAUACUUCUUUAACUUGCUGACAAGAAUACUGUGGGAGACCGUGUCAAAAGCUUUGCUAAAUUCUACAGUAGAAUUUGCUAAUUCUACAGUAGAAUCUCAUACGUCUACAUACAAUGUUGUCACACAUAUUUUACCAGGAUAAUAAUGAUCAACAAAUUAUGAGUUUUCAAAUGAUACCUCACAAGGCAUACUUUGAAUAAAAUUUAUCAUAAUUUGGUAAAAGUGGUACAGUCUGGCACAGUUACCUCUUGGUCAUUCCCCUCCAAGCUGUUCUUUUUGUGUAAAGAUAGGGUUAGACAACUUCUCCAGAAAUGUUGAGGGGACUGAUGCCAUCUGACACUAUCUAGAAUGAGUUACGGGUAGAGUUAGCUACCUGUUGCAUACAUAGAACUUCUAACUUUUCAGCCAAACUUUCUGUUGAAACUUUAAGUUAUGACAAUAUGGUGAUAUUUAAUACUUUUUAUCAGUUGUGAUACUGUACAUAUUUCCUAUUGUCUUCCAUUUUGCACUCCAGACAGGAGGGCAAUAAGAUAUACAUCAGUGGUUCUCAAACUUUUGCAUUGGUGACCCCUUUCAAACAGCAAAACUCUGAGUGUGACCCCCCCCCCCAUAAAUUAAAAAUACAUUUUUUAUAUUUACACUAGUAUAAAUGGUGGAGGUAAAGCAGGGUUUUGGGGGGUGGAGGCUAACAGUUCACGACCCCCCGUGUAAUAACCUUGCAACCCUCUCAGGGGUCACGACCCCUAGUUUGAGAACCCCUGAUAUAUAUGGACCCUUUCUAAAUUAAUAUGUUUGAUCUAUUCAGAAGUUCAUCUGAAAUUCUCUCCCAGUGUUUCCCUCCCUCAUAAGAGGGAGCAUGGGUGGAUGUCAAAAAAUAAGUAGUGAAGCUGAGAAUUCAGAGCUACCUGUAUCUGACCUAUCAGUAGCCCCCUAAUUCUUACACUUUAACUUUGGUACAGUAAUCCUGUUCCUUGCAUAACAGUGCUGAGUUAAAGUGGCUACCCAAUCCUGUCCCCAUCCUUUUCCUUUAGCAGCAACUCUAUAUACAUAAAGCACCAUAUUUUCCAACUUCACCUCUAGCGUAAUUUUUUAAAACAAAAAAUAGAAAACUGCCCUCAGUAGCUGUGGCCAAAGUCCAGAAAGCCAACCUAGCAAAUGCAGAAUAGAAUGGAAGGCAUAAGUGUGGAAGCCCUGUGUGUGCAUAAAAUUCCUGGUGACUUUGACUUAGAGAUGUACCCCAAUUAGAGUAAUGAUAGACAUGUAUGAAUAACCAUGUGUAUACUGUAAUUAACAAAUAAACUAAUGGAAAUACGUUA